AUGCCCUCCUACACCGUCACCGUGGCCACCGGCAGCCAGUGGUUCGCGGGCACCGACGACUACAUCUACCUGAGCCUCGUGGGCUCCUCGGGCUGCAGCGAGAAGCACCUGUUGGACAAGCCCUUCUACAACGACUUCGAGCGCGGCGCGGUUGAUUCUUACGACGUGACAGUGGAUGAAGAACUGGGCGACAUCCAACUGAUCAAAAUCGAGAAGCGCAAGUACUGGCUCCACGACGACUGGUACCUGAAGUACAUCACAGUGAAGACGCCCUGUGGGGAUUACAUCGAGUUCCCCUGCUACCGCUGGAUAUCGGGCGAGGGCGAGAUUGUCCUGAGAGAUGGACGAGCGAAGUUGGCCUGUGAUGACCAGAUUCACAUUCUCAAGCAGCAUAGACGCAAAGAACUGGAAACACGACAAAAACAGUAUCGAUGGAUGGAGUGGAACCCUGGCUUCCCCUUGAGUAUUGAUGCCAAAUGCCACAAGGAUUUACCCCGAGAUAUCCAGUUCGAUAGUGAGAAGGGCGUGGACUUCGUUCUGAACUACUCCAAAGCGAUGGAGAACCUGUUCAUCAACCGCUUCAUGCACAUGUUCCAGUCAUCCUGGAGCGACUUCGCCGACUUUGAGAAAAUCUUUGUCAGGAUCAGCAACACUAUUUCUGAGCGGGUCAUGAAUCACUGGCAGGAAGACCUCAUGUUUGGCUAUCAGUUUCUGAAUGGCUGCAACCCUGUGAUGAUCCAGCGCUGUCUGAAGUUACCAGACAAUCUGCCGGUGACCACAGAGAUGGUGGAGUGCAGCCUGGAGCGGCAGCUUACCCUGGAGCAGGAGGUCGAGCAAGGGAACAUCUUCAUCGUGGACUUUAAACUGUUGGAUGGCAUCGAUGCCAACAAAACAGACCCCUGCACUCUACAGUUCCUGGCCGCGCCCAUCUGCUUGCUGUACAAGAAUCUGGCCAACAAGAUUGUCCCCAUUGCCAUCCAGCUCAACCAGGUGCCGGGAGAAGAGAAUCCCAUUUUUCUCCCUUCGGAUGCAAAGUAUGACUGGCUCCUGGCCAAGAUCUGGGUGCGCUCCAGUGACUUCCACAUUCACCAGACCAUCACCCACCUUCUGCGCACACAUCUGGUGUCUGAGGUGUUUGGCAUCGCCAUGUACCGCCAGCUGCCUGCCGUGCACCCCAUUUUCAAGCUCCUGGUAGCACACGUGCGGUUCACCAUCGCCAUCAACACCAAGGCCCGGGAGCAGCUCAUCUGCGAGUACGGCCUCUUUGACAAGGCCAAUGCUACCGGGGGCGGUGGGCAUGUGCAGAUGGUGCAGAGGGCCAUGCAGGACCUGACCUACACUUCCCUGUGCUUCCCUGAGGCCAUCAAGGCCAGGGGCAUGGACAACACGGAAGACAUUCCCUACUACUUCUACCGGGACGACGGGCUCCUGGUGUGGGAGGCCAUCAAGACGUUCAUGGCAGAGGUGGUGGACAUCUACUACAAGAGCGACCAGGUGGUGGAGGAGGACCAGGAGCUACAGGACUUUGUGAAGGACGUUUAUAUGUACGGCAUGCGGGGCAAGAAGGCCUCAGGCUUCCCCAAGUGCAUCAAGACCAAGGAGAAGCUGUGUGAGUACCUGACCGUGGUGAUCUUCACGGCCUCAGCCCAGCAUGCGGCGGUGAACUUCGGCCAGUAUGACUGGUGCUCCUGGAUCCCCAACGCCCCCCCGACCAUGCGAGCCCCGCCACCGACGGCCAAGGGAGUGGUCACCAUCGAGCAGAUCGUAGACACGCUGCCCGACCGUGGCCGCUCCUGCUGGCAUCUGGGCGCAGUGUGGGCACUGAGCCAGUUCCAGGACAAUGAGCUGUUCCUGGGCAUGUACCCGGAGGAGCAUUUCAUCGAGAAGCCGGUAAAGGAGGCCAUGGCUCGGUUCCGUAAGAACCUCGACUCCAUUGUCAGCGUGAUCGCCGAGCGCAACAAGAAUAAGAAGCUGCCUUAUUACUACUUGUCCCCAGACCGGAUUCCCAAUAGCGUGGCCAUCUGA